CUGAACCCAUCCUUGUUGUGUUUUCGUAUUGCUACUUGAACUAAUGUACCUGUAUUGCAUCUACUACCCCUCCCUCACACAGAGGACCUGGUUAUGAUGCUGGGAGGGUUCAAGUUGAUACCUCCUGUUAUCCAGGCAACCAUGCACACUCUCUGUAAGAUAUGCACUGCCCUCACCACCAAGAAACAGAACCAGUCUACCCUGAAUGCGUGGUGUCUGCCCCUCCUCCAACGCUGCGAGGACUACCUCUCCACGCUUGUACGACAGCACAGGGACACACCCACCGGAGCAAGCACUAAUCUGAGUGACGAAUCAGAGCAGGAGGCUAUCCGCUACCUCUUCACACUCGGGGAAGUGGCUCAUGCAUGCCCUGAGCACACCUCUCACCAUGUUGGUCGUCUGGUGCAGUCCAUCCUGUUAGCCUCCUUUGAUCUGACUGGGGGUGAGAGGUCAGAGGUCGAUAGUGACGGGUUGUCAGGACUGGCAGGAUUGAAGUUCUCUCCCACUCUCAGAGGACACACCUACCUCACACUAGGGAAGCUGUGUUUGCAUAAUGAGGAGCUAACUAAGCAGAGUGUUGUCCAGAUGGCACAGGAGCUGGAGACCACACCACACCAAACCAUUCGCAACAACCUCAUCAUCAUUCUGUGUGACCUCACUGUCCGUUACUCUGCUAAGGUGGAUCCCUAUAUUGACACCAUCUCAGCUUGUCUCAAGGACCCAUCACUGAUGGUACGUCGCCAGACUCUCACUCUACUGGCCUGUCUACUACAAGAAGACUAUGUCAAAUGGCGAGGGUCGCUCUUCUUUCGUUUUGUGAGCAGUUUGGUGGACCCUGAGCUGAAGAGGUUCGGAGAGUUCUGUCUAGUCCACCUCCUCCUGGCCAGACAUCCCACCAUGUUUUAUCAGCACUUCAUUGAGUGUGUCUUCCACUUCAAUGGCUACGAGAAACAUAAGAUGUACAAUCGUUUCAAACAGAGCCAACGAGAGAAGGAGUUGUUUAGUCUGAGGGGGACUGGCCACGCCCACAAGAGACUCACCAUUUACACCUUUUUACUCUCUCACAUGGCUGACGAACAUCGCCUCCAUCUGAUUGGACGACUGUGUCAGGAGGUGCUGGGUGGUCUUGUUGAUGGAGCAAUCCCAUUGGACAAUGACAGUGUGGGUGUGGUCAAGGACACUCUGGCAAUCCUCGCAUGCAAGGAGAUCAAGCUAUCGUCUCUAAGAAGGAAUGUUGGUGAGGAGUUGGCCGAGGAGGGAGACAAAGUGGGAGCAGCUGUAGCCACCGCACAGACCAAGUUUAUAUCACAGAUUGUCAAGAGGAAUGUGAUAGAGAACCUUGUUCCCGUGGUGAUAGCGGCCAAACACCUACUGGAACGGAACCACUCCCCCCUCCUCAAGGACAUGCUGGCUUAUCUCAAGGAGCUCAUGCAGGACUAUCGUCACGAGAUCAGCGAGGUGCUGGCCUGUGACAAACAGCUGGCUGAGGAGAUUGAGUUCGACCUCAAGCGCUAUGAGGAGGAACAAAGAAAGACAGUGAAGACUCCAGCUGUCGUUACCCCUCAUGCUCAAAUGAGCUCUCCCUUGUUUUCUCCUACUGUUGUGGGUGGGGAAGUUGCCACGGUAACAGCAACCCCUCCGAAACUUCGGACCCCAGGUAGGAGAUCGGCAUGGAAACCAAAGACGACACCCACAAUGACAGCCAAACUGAAGACCCCAUUCAAAGUUCACAUGGCCAUGUCUCCACUGGUCAUGACUCAGCGUAAAGCUCCACAGCCUCACAACCACACCACCCCCCGUCACACCAAACACGCCCCCACACACACCCUCAUCAAGGACGUCUCCUCUCCUGCUGCCGCUAGAGCCAGAGCUAAGACAGUCAACAACUUUAACGGCAGUGUGAAGAAGCAGUCACACAUCCCCCUACAGAGGGCAGUGCUGCUCUCCACAGCUCGUAAGAAUGUUACUCACAGAGACAAUGGAUGUGCUCCAUUCACUGUGACUGACCCUGACCAGACACAACUACCUGGGAGGUCAGCCAGCACUCCUCAUGGUCUCCGUGAGUCCAUCUCCUUCAACGUGAGCUCGUUAGUGCCCCCCUCCCCCAUACCCCCAAACACCGCCCUCACUAGUUACACACCCUCACAAAACCUGGCCUUCAAAUCUGUCAACAUGGGUGUCUCCAUCAACAUCACUAAGGUGGACUUGAGUGGGCAGGGGCACAAGAAGAGGCGUAGUGUGAGGGGUGUGGGUGUGAGGGCGGUAGGGCCAGUGAUGAAGCUUCGGAGAGAUGUGGACAUCUUAAUGGCAUCACCCGACAAAGAGCCCGAGAAACUGAAAAAGUGGAAAGUGAAACUGAAGUAGUAGCUGUAGAUAGUACAUCAACUGAAUAAUUAGAGCCAAUGUGCAUUAUAAAUAUAGUUACUCUUUUGUACUCAAUGUUCAUUCAUAAUUAUUCUGAUGGCUA